GGCACCCAAACCCCGGCACCCCCGGGAACCGCUCCAGGAGGCGGCAGCAGUGCCUCCAGCUCCACCAUGACGCGCCCCAAGCGCUCCAGACGGCCCGGCGCGGGCGGCAGCGAAAAUGUGGGCACCAGGCAUGAAGCAAGUCUUGCAGACGGGUGGAGUAGAGGCUGAGUGACAGAACCCUGGCCAUGCACGGCGCUGAGGAGCCAAGGAUUGGGAGUGCCAGCCAUGGCCUCUCAGGGGCCUUUAUCCCCUGGGGCUGGUCUCCCCUGUGACCUGUGACUGGAGUGGGUGCCUGCUAAGAUGAAGACACAUAGCCGCCAAUUCUUGGACAACUUUAAACCCUCACAAGCUUAAAGCUCCAGAAGAAUCUCCAAAUCCUAGAAUCUCCCAUGGUUGCAUCCUAGUCAGGCUGCAGGACACCUGAGGAUUGCAAAGCCUGGGACCAAGGAAAACAGGGGCCCCACUCGUCAGCUGAGAAAAUGGUGCCUCUGUUUUCCCCAUCUGUAGAGCAGCCAUCAUGACAAGAUGGUCCUCAAAGAGUCCUGCCUACCCUCGGACAAGGACCCAAUGCCCAACCCCAGGCCAGCCAAGCCCUCAGCCCCUUCCUUGGCACUCGGCCCAUCCCCAGGAGCCUCACCCAGCUGGAGGGCUGCACCCAAGGCCUCAGACCUGCUGGGGGCGAAAGGCCCAGGGACAACGUUCCAGGGCCGGGACCUCCGAGGUGGGGCUCAUGCCUCCUCCUCCUCCUUGAACCCCAUGCCACCAUCACAACUGCAGCUGCCCACAGUACCCCUGGUCAUGGUGGCACCCUCCGGAGCCCGGCUGGGCCCUUCACCCCACCUGCAGGCACUCCUCCAGGACAGGCCACACUUCAUGCACCAGAUCUCAACAGUGGAUGCCCAUGCCCGGACCCCUGUGCUGCAGGUGCACCCACUGGACAGCCCGACUAUGAUCAGCCUCCCACCACCAACUGCUGCCACCGGCGUCUUCUCCCUCAAGGCCCGGCCCAGGCUGCCACCUGGGAUCAACGUGGCCAGCUUGGAGUGGGUGUCCAGGGAGCCAGCACUGCUCUGCACCUUUCCAGGGCCUGCUGCACCCAGGAAGGACAGCACCCUCUCAACCGCGCCCCAGGGCUCCUACUCACUGCUGGCCAAUGGUGUCUGCAAGUGGCCUGGAUGCGAGAAGGUCUUCAAGGAGCCAGAGGACUUCCUCAAGCACUGCCAGGCGGACCAUCUCCUGGAUGAGACGGGCAGGGCACAGUGUCUCCUCCAGAGGGAGGUGGUGCAGUCUCUGGAGCAGCAGCUGGUGCUGGAGAAGGAGAAGCUGGGUGCUAUGCAGGCCCACCUGGCUGGGAAGAUGGCCCUGACCAAAGCUCCAUCUGUGGCUUCAUCUGAUAAGGGUUCCUGCUGCAUCGUAGCUGCUGGCACCCAGGGCACUGCCGUCCCAGUCUGGCCUGGCCCCCAGGAGGCCCCCGACAGCCUGUUUGCUGUGCGGAGGCACCUCUGGGGCAGUCAUGGAAACAGCACUUUCCCAGAGUUCUUCCACAACAUGGACUACUUCAAGUUCCACAACAUGCGGCCCCCCUUCACCUAUGCCACCCUCAUCCGCUGGGCUAUCUUGGAGUCUCCUGAGAAGCAGCGGACACUCAACGAGAUCUAUCACUGGUUCACACGCAUGUUUGCCUUCUUCCGAAACCACCCUGCCACCUGGAAGAAUGCCAUCCGACACAACCUGAGCCUGCACAAGUGCUUUGUGCGGGUGGAGAGUGAGAAGGGGGCAGUGUGGACCGUGGACGAAUUUGAGUUCCGCAAGAAGAGGAGCCAGCGGCCCAGCAGGUGUUCCAACCCCACACCUGGUCCCUGACCUCAAAUCCCAAGAAAGAAGGAAGGACGGGGGCCAAAAU